GAGUUACCCAUCUCUAUCAAGUACUUAUAUGAAUUCCGUUUCUGUUAAUUUAUGAAAUUUAAAAUUUAUAUGUAAUAAACUACAUGAUUAAAUGCAGAUAUAUUUAUAUAUUGUAGUGUUUUAAACAUAUGCAGACUGUAGUAAGUUAAUAAUGAGUGCAAGUACGAAAAGAACAAUAUAUGUUGGAGGAUUAGCUGAAGAAGUUGAUGAAAAAGUAUUAAACGCAGCUUUUAUUCCUUUUGGAGAUAUAGUUGAUGUUCAGAUACCUUUGGAUUAUGAAUCGGAGAAACAUAGGGGUUUUGCCUUCAUUGAAUUUGAAAGUGCCGAAGAUGCUGCUGCUGCUAUAGAUAAUAUGAACGAUUCUGAACUUUUUGGUCGAACAAUAAGAGUAAAUUUGGCCAAACCACAAAGAAUUAAAGAAGGUUCAACAAGACCUGUCUGGUCAGAAGAUUCUUGGCUACAACAACAUGCUGGUGAAACAAUAAACAAAAAAAUUGAUGAAACAACUGAAACCAAUGAAGAAAUUGAAAGCGAACCUAAGGCAAAAAAAGUUAUAAAUCCCCAAGUUUACUUUGAUAUUAAAAUAGGAAAAACAGAAGUUGGUAGGAUAACAAUGAUGCUUCGAGCUGAUGUUGUUCCACGUACAGCAGAAAAUUUUCGAUGUUUGUGUACACAUGAAAAAGGUUAUGGAUUUCAAGGAAGUAUUUUUCAUAGAAUUAUUCCUGAUUUUAUGUGUCAAGGUGGAGAUUUUACUAAUCAUAAUGGCACGGGUGGUAAAUCAAUUUAUGGAAGAAAAUUUGCGGAUGAAAAUUUUGAAUUAAAACAUGUUGGACCGGGUACAUUAUCUAUGGCCAAUUCAGGAUUAAACACAAAUGGAUCGCAAUUUUUUAUAUGUACUGCAAAAACUGAUUGGUUGGAUGGAAAACAUGUAGUUUUCGGACACGUAAUUAGUGGUAUGGAUGUUGUUAAGAGAAUGGAAAAGUGCGGUACAAAAAGUGGAAAACCAACAGAGAGAGUUAUUAUAUCUGCCUGUGGUGAAAUACAGUGAACUUUAAAUAUUUUUGUUUUUUUUUUUGUAUCUUAAUAUUAAUUUUUAAAGUUUAAGCUGUAUUUUAAAUGUCAGCAAUAUAUUAUUAAUCCCUUUUUAAUAUGAAAAUAUUUCAGGCUGUUAGUAGUUUUGAUUCAUAUUCAAGGUAGUCGUAGAAAACAUAUUUUAACACUACCACUCAUAAAUAUCCAUUUCUAUCAUGAAAGAAUCGUAAUGUGAAAAUAUUAAAUUUUGCUACGUUGCUGCCCACAAAUUAUUUGAUGUGAAAAGCUCACCGGCUUCCAAAGUUCGCACUUUAGUAAUGAAAUUAAAUAACAAAUCAGUUGCUCCCACUGUAACACCGUAUUUUAAUGACAAAUUUGUUUUUUUCAAGAAAAAAGUAAAUAGAAAAUGAAGUAAAUUUAAAAUAUUAUAACAAUAUUUAAUGCAGUUAUAGUGAUUAUACUUUUCUCUAUAUUAACAAUGCUUGUUUGGAUUGCGUCUAAUAUAGAUAUUAAUAAUUGACCAAAUCUGUACAGAAACUGUCUUUUAUUACGAACUAUUGGAAAAUGACUCGACAUGAUUAAUUAUUGCCUUUACGUAAGGUCCAUAUUGUUUUUUAAUUAUUCUUAUUAAA